ACGACAUCCCGGACAUGGAUGACCUCCUGGCAUGGGUCAACAAUGAAGUGACGAGUCCUCUGGAGGUCCCCCAGCAGAACCAGGACCUGGUUGAUGUCCAAGCAGAGGGGACCGAUUGCACUGAGACUGUGGAAAACGGUCACAGUGAGCUGCUGCCAGAACUGAACGUCCAGGAAAGGGCAGAGCUGCUGCGGUGGAUCGAUGCCACGCGGCCACCGAGCCCAGCUGUCCCCAGCAGCCUCGACAGCGCUCCUUUCAUCGCAGCGCUCCCUGACUUUCCCUGGCCCGGCACAGGGCUCAGCAGAGAGGCAGAGGCUGAUGCCAGGCCCAUCAGCGACCUGUUCUGGAGGCAGCCAGCAUGCUGUGGACAGCUCUCUGAGUCGCUGCCCUUUGGGCAUCUGACAGAAGAGGCGCGGCAGAGGCAGCCCCAGGUGGUUCUCACCCGCCUGGCGCUGCCACCCGGCUGCAUCUUUUGCCACGUGCCAGACGACCCCCACGGGGAUGGCACCGAGCCGGCCGAGUGCCCAGCGCCCGCCUGCACCACCGGGAAAGGCAAGAGCAGAGGGCACGAGCAGCACACUGGCAGCGUCCCAACCAGAAAGAGGGAGCUGCCCCUGGGCCAGGACGCUCCAGGACAGAAACGCCGGCGCUAG